AUGAAGUUUACAGUAAACACAGUGUUUGGCUUAUUGUUAAUGGCUUUAGAGCUCAAUGGAGACAUUGUUACCCGCCAUACUAACGUUAAAUGUGAAAUAUAUGACAAAUUAUAUUUUGAGGUUGUUACAUGUCGUCUAAAGGUUUUGGGACGUGGCAUCAUCGGUGAGAAUAUUCACAUUAAAGUUUUACAACUUCCUAUUAGAAAUGCUACGGUCAAUUUUGGCGUCUAUAAGAAGCUGUCGGGAUACCAUCCAUUUCUAUUUAACGUUACCCUCGACUUUUGCCAAUUUAUGAGACAUCCGAAUCCGUUGAGUGUUUUCUACUUGUUUUUCAAGGCUUUGAGGCCAUACAGUAAUUUAAACCACACUUGUCCUUUCAACGUAAGUAACCACGACAUUAUCCUGAAAGACUUUGUUUUGGCCGAUCUAAUGUACGCAAAAAUUCCCUUUCCAAAGGGCAGCUACAUGUUUAUGAUUAAAGUGGCCACCGAAGGCGUGUGGCGAGGCGUCAUCAAUGCAUACUUUGACAUUAACGUGGACAACAAUCCAAAUAUACGUUUUUAGAAGAUUUAAUUUAUAUUUGCCUAAAUCAACAAAAUCAAAAUCAAUACGGAAGAUGA